UAGCUAAUCCUUCAUUCUGAAAAGCAGAUGUCAUAAAAGCUAUUUUAAAAUAAUUUUUGAUAUUUAUUGAAAAUUAUCGAAAUUCUAGUCAAAGAUUGUCAAAAUGGAACUACUAAGAAGCAUUUUCUGGCACUUUUUCGGCCCUAGGCCGGGAAGUGAAUCCAUCAAAAUGAGUGGUUCAAAACAAGAAUACGUUCAAAACACCAUUUCCAGUGAUAAAAUCGUCAUCUUUUCUAAAACCUAUUGUCCCUAUUGUAAAAUGGCGAAAGAUGCCUUCGACAAGCUCAGAGAAAGAUAUACAUUGGUUGAGUUGGAUGAGCGUGAUGAUUGUGAUGAAAUUCAAGAUAUUUUGGGCAAUAUAACUGGAGCAAGAAGUGUUCCAAGAGUGUUUGUUAAAGGCCAAUUUCUGGGAGGUGGAUCAGAUGUUAAAGCUUUAUUGGAAAGUGGAGAACUGGCCAAAUUAUGUGCUUAAUUAAUUAAGUUGUAAUUUUUAUCAAAUACAUAUUAUGAGUUUUAAUGAAA